AUGACAGAAAUUAGAAAUAUAUUAUUGGUUGGAAGCACUGGUAAAGGAAAAUCCGCAUUGGCAAAUGUUAUUACUGAAACUAAUGAAUUUGAGGAAAGUACAAAUCGCAUUCGUGGAACUGAGGAACCAAAAUCGGAAGAAUUUGUACACGAAGGAACAAAAUAUCGUAUUAUUGAUACUGUAGGAAUUGGUGACUCUACCAGAUCAGCAGGAGAAAUAUUAAGUAAAUUGGAAGAAAAAGCUGAUAUUAUUAGUGAAGCCAAGCUAUUUUUUGAUGAUAAAAUAACUGAUUUCACUACUAUUGUUUGCACUAACUUUUCUGAUUUCGAAGAUUAUGAAGCUUGUGAAAAAGAUCGUAAAAUAUUUCGUGAGGAAACUGAAAAAUUUUCUAAGCAGCUUUCUCGUACUGUAAUUAUUUACGUAGAUAAUCCACCAGCUAAAGGCCGUUAUCUGCAAAUUUCAAAAGGUUCACGCGAAGCAUCUCGUAAAAUAUUACUAACACAUUUAAAAACUUGUCAAGAAAUUUACCGACCUGAAUUACUUGCCAAAUUUAGCAAAAUGGUUGAUGAAUUCAAUUCAAUAUUAGAAGAAAUUAAUAAAGCAACUAUUAAUGUAGAUUUUCAUUUAAAUAAUUGUAUCAACUAUUUAAAAGAAAUUAUUAUUAAGCGAGAAAAAGUAAUUGAAAUGAUUGAAGAGCGCAAAGAAGAGGUAAAAGAAUACAUGAAGCAACGAGGUUUUGUUAGUACUUUAGGUCAUAGUGCCAUACUAUGUGGUAAAGCCUUAACAAUCUCAGGAUUUUGGUUUCCUCUUGUUUUUGUGCCAGGCGUUAUUUUGUCGACUAGUGGUUGGUUGACAGUUACCGGUUCCGAUUCUGCUUCAAUUGUUAAGGAAAAUGAUGCUUACCGAAUAUUUGAAAAAUGCCUUGCCGAAGAUGAAGUAAAAAGUAAAAUGUUAGAAAAUUCGCAAAUAAUGUUAAAUGAAGCUGUCGGAAAAUUCAAAGAAAUUGAUUUUCGCUUCAAUAAUUUAGAAUAUAGGAAACAUGAAAUAGAUAGAAAAAAAAUUGAUGUAGUCAAAGAAGGUUUAGCGACAGUAAGAGCUGCUGUAGAGGCUUUUUGCAAGAUUGUACCUUCUCCUUUGUCAUUUUAUUGUAUUUAUCGAGAUCGUAUGGAAGCUGAAAAUCGUACUUCCGUGGAAGAUAUGGAAACGGCAAUUAAAAAUUGGAAUGAAAGUUUGAUAACUUUCAAAGAAAAAGAACAGCCAUUAAAUAUAGAAUAUGAAAAAAUCAGCUGGUGUAAAGUUGAAAUGGCAAAACUACUGCCAACUACAAUUGAGAUACCAAAUCCGGCUGUUUAUAAGUCUGUCACAGUUAGUAGCAAUAAAGAUCUCGUGAUUCGUUCUGCAAAACCGAUCGAAAUUAAAACAUGGGAAAAUUGGAAUGGAGCAAUUCAUAUUUCGCCAAAAGCCAUUUUUAAACCAUCAACACUUGAAGAUCUUAUAUAUAUUAACUAUCUAGUGAUAGUUACAAAUUUAAAUCAGAUUACAAUACAAAAACAUGGAUGGACCGUUACUGCCGAAGCAGGUACAUCAUUAUAUGAUCUUGAUAAAGCACUCCGAAAUCAUGAUCCGCCAUUAACUCUUGAUUCUGAGACUGUACCUGACAUAGUUCGAGUAUCUGGUGUUAUAACAGUAGGUGCACAUGGUGGAAAGAUUAGUUCAGGCACUAUGUCAGAUCAACUUUGCUCUAUGAAAAUUGUCACUGGGUCUGGUGAAGUAUGUGAAUUUAAUGAUGAAAUAAGCAAAUCAGAAUUCAAUGCUGCAAAA